ACUUUACUAAUCACAUUUGAUUUCAUUCGCUCAUCGGUACCUGGUCAUUUGUACUUGUUACUACCAAUUGAAGAAAGGUUCGGAACAUCUUCCGAUACUGAGCAACGAUCUUGAAAUCGAUAUAAUGGAGGCGGCGCCUGAAGCGGCUAAAGCUACGGCUGAGGUACCGCAGUAUUCAAGCCGCGCCAGCACGACCUCGAUCUGUCGAGAUGACAACCCACUGCGGGAGCAAUCGCCGGGAGACCACGACGUCGAGAAAGCCUCGAAGGAUCAACAAAAUCUGCCAACGCCAUGGUCGGUUUUCACCUAUCGACAGAAGUGUUGGAUCGUCGUCAUGGUCUCCGUCGCCAGCUUUUUCUCCCCAUUGAGCGCCAACAUCUACUUUCCCGCGUUGGAGACCCUGUCCAAAGACUUCAACACAUCUGAGAGCGUCAUGAACCUAACCCUCACUUCCUACAUGAUUUUCCAAGGACUCGCACCGACAAUCUUCGGCGACUUCGCCGACAUGGCUGGACGGCGGCCCGCUUAUAUCAUCGGCUUUGUCCUCUAUCUCGCAGCCAACGCCGGACUCGCCAAUAGCAACACUUUUGUCGCUCUGCUGAUCCUACGCUGCCUGCAAUCAACGGGGUCGUCGAGUACGAUCGCAUUGGGGUCGGCGGUUGUGGCGGAUAUGUGCACGAGCGCCGAAAGAGGGACAUUCAUGGGAUGGGCCACAUCCAGUGCGAUGUUUGCCCCGGCGAUUGCCCCCGUGCUGGGGGGCGUCUUCACCGAGCUACUUGGAUGGAGAUGGAUCUUUUGGUUCCUGCUCAUCCUCGCAGGCGCGUUCGUCGUGCCCUUCGCGCUGUUCGUUCCAGAGACGGGACGUAACGUCGUCGGCAAUGGUUCAAUCCCACCCCGUGGCUGGAACAUGAAUUUGCUAGACUACUUCAGAAACAAGCGACAACGUAAGACCGGAGGAGCCGAGACGACAGCACCCCCGCCGCGCCGACCUCUGCACAUCCCGAACCCCUUGGGCUCCCUCGGCGUCGUGCUGGAGAAGGAUGUCGGUCUCCUCCUCUUCUACAACUCGAUGGUGUACUGCGCGACCUACGACAUCAUGACCUCUGCGGCCCUUCUCCUGCCCGAGAUCUACGGUCUGGACGCCCUGCACGUCGGCCUGUGCUUUCUGCCCAUCGGCAUCGGAUCCUUCCUCGCUUCGAUCGUGACCGGCCGGCUCGUAGAUUGGAACUUCCGACGCACGGCGCGGAGGGUCGGGUACGAGGUCGUCCCGGGCCAGGCCAACGACCUCCGGUCCUUCCCGAUCGAGCUGGCGCGCGUGCAGAUCGCGCUGCCGUCCACGGCGGUCGGCAUCCUGGCCACGCUCGGCUACGGCUGGGCCAUGGAGGCGAACGCGCACCUGGCCGUGCCGCUCGUCAUGAUGUUCUUCGCGGGCCUGGCGCUGACGUCGGCGUUCAACACGUUGAGCGUGUUGGUCGUCGAUCUCUACCCGCAGAACCCGGCCACGGCGGCCGCCGCGAACAAUCUGGUCCGGUGCCUCAUGGGCGCGGGCGCGACGGCAAUCGUCCUGUACAUGAUCGAUGCGAUGGGCCGGGGGUGGUGCUUCACUUUCGUGGCGCUGGUGUUGCUGGUGUUGAGUCCGAUUCUGUGGGUAUUGCAGAGAUACGGGCCGCGGUGGAGAGAAGAACGUCGUGUCCGCAAGGAAGCGGCACAGAUCAAAGCUGCAGAACGGCUGAGCGCGUGGCAGCGUCGUCAUCCACGGCAAGCACAAGAGUCGGUCAGUGACUCGCCUGUUGCUAGCAAGGACGAUCUCGACGUUGGGAACGUUUCCAGGUCGUAAUUUUCAUCGCUUAAUAUUGAAAUAAUCAAAGAUCAAAGAUCAGCACGAGGGAACUUCACAGUUAAAUGUAACUAGGUAAUGGCGCUUCUGGCAAUUGCGAUGGAAUUUCCAAUAGCGAUGUUCUGUCAAAUCCAUCGUAAACAAUCAAACCACGCAGGCUUCUCCGCAAGUC